AUGGGUUCUGUCACUCCAUCUUUCGAAAGAUACCCUCCUCUUGCUAGCCUCCAGAAGGACAUAUAUCGACCACUUCCCAGUUUUCCAAGCGGCCUCCCAGAACUAUCCGAGUCAGAAUACCGAGAGUUGGUUUCCACCGCUCUCCAAUCCCUCAGCCAGGCACUCGAGAGCGGGGAUGUGCUCAGCGUGAAGUCAUGCUUUUUCGCGAGUCAGGCGUACUGGCGAGAUGUACUGGCUUUCACAUACCACCUGCGAACAAUCAGUGGCGGCGGAAUCAUAGCACCGGCGAUGCUAGAGCUUAGUAAAAAACGUAAACUGGUUGAGGGUUUCCAGCUGAUGCCAGAUAGUGUGGUCAAAUUCAGUGCUACUGCCACUCUAGAGUGGAUUCAGGGGAUGUUCUCGUUUAAAACACAAGAGCCAGCAGCACAAUGUGGGGGAACUGUCAUUAUUUUACCUGAAGAGGAAGAUAAUGGCUUUGUGUGGAAGAUCUGGAGCAUGGCAACUUGGAUUGAUGACUUUGAGUUAUACCCUCAGAAUGAAGCUGUUCUGAGGAAUCCUGGACGAAAUUUGGUGGAUGUUGAAGAAAUUGAUACGGAUGUAUUCAUCAUUGGUGGUGGAAACGCGUCAAGGUCUGAUUCAAGCAGCACGUCUGAAACUCUAGGUGUUGAUUGUGUGAUCAUGGAUAAGACCGAACAAGCAGGGGGUAAUUGGGCUGAAAGAUAUGAUUGUUUGAAAUUCCAUAUCCAAAAGUCGUGUUGCCAGACACCUUACCUACCAUAUCCCGAUGAAUACCCAGCAAUUCUGGAAAAAUCUAUGCUAGUCGAGCACAUGAAGCGCUAUGCGGAGACUUUUAAUCUAAAUCUAUUGAAUUCCUCGACGGUGGAAGGCAGUUCUUUCAACGAGUCAAAGGGGACCUGGCACUUUAAAAUUCGAACGCCCUGGGGACCAAAGACUGUGGUCUCCAGGCAUUUGAUCCAGGCAACUGGAUUGGUAGCGGGCAAUUUGUUUCUUCCUAAAAUACCAGGGCAGUAUAACGGUAUAAGCAUUCAUUCAACAAAGUACAAGAAUCCUCAGGUUCUAAGUGAGACUGGUGUCAAGUCUGUCAUAAUUGCCGGAUCUGGUAACACUGCCUUUGAUAUCGCAGAAGACUGUGCAAAAGCAGGACUGAAGACGACUAUGAAUGUCCGUAGUCCGACAUACAUCUUCCCGCGAGAUUAUUGUUUUGACCCAAAGGGGUUGGGCUUCUAUGACUUAGUUCCUCCUGACUUUGCAGACAAGCUCUUUGUUAGCGGUCCACUUGCUAUUGGAGGACAAAUCUCGCGAGACCAAUAUGUUUCGUUGGCAGCUAAGGAACCAAAUCGGUACAAAGCACUCGCUGAGGCAGGAUUCCCAGUAUAUGAUAGCUCUCAAGGUGGCGAUCUCAUCCAUCACCUUCUUGAAAAAGGCGGAGGUCACUACAAUGAGAUUGGUGACGGGACUCAACUCAUUAUAUCUGGCGUCAUUGCCGUGAAAGCUCACGUUCAGCCUGCCGAGUUCACUUCGACUGGAUUGAGAUUCAGCGACGGGUCGACACUGGAUGCCGAUGCAAUCAUCUGGUGCACAGGAUUUGAGGAUAAUGAUCGUGAGAUUACCAUUAAUACCCUCGGUAGAAAUCCAUUCCCUCAGAGUCAGGACCGAGAUGAGACAAUGUUAGGACCCGGGGAGAUAGCUUUGCUGCGCGAUGAACUCUGGGGACUUGAUAUUGAGGGAGAACUCCGUGGUAUGUGGAAACGUCAUCUACGAGUGAAUAACUUUUGGGUUACUGGUGGCGGCACGAAUCAUCAUCGAUACUAUUCAUGGCAUCUUGCUUUGCAAAUCAAGGCUGCACUCGAGGGGGUCCUUCCUGCUGCUUAUCGCGGUGUGCCAAAGGAGGUUUAG